AGCAUAAGCUUUCCUCUUGGCUGCACCUAAUAACUCUUUGGCGACACAAAUAAAACGCCUACCGAGGGACGCGUCCGGAAGUGUGUUCAAUAUUUUUACUAUCAGCUGUUAAUUACAGUAUAUAGCUUUUUCUUUGGAAACGGUUGACGUGAAAAUAAGUAGUGGUGCUUCAGGGAUAUUGCGAUAUAUGUCCAUUGUACCCGGGUUCCGCUUUCGGUCAGUUAGCAGUCGACAGCUAGCUGGAUGUUCGUCACCUGACUUGUAGGUUUAAUUUUACUGCUGUCAAUGGACGCUGAAGGCCCGGUCUGCGACGACUCCGGGAGGAAGCGGAAGGUGCACGGCAUGUUGAAGCUCUACUACGGGCUCAACGAAGAAGGGAAGGCCGAUGAGAAGCCGCAGUCCCUGGAUCCGUGUGACAUCAACGGGCCGCAUUUUGACCCCGAGGACUACCUCAACAAGCUUCGAAGAGAAUGCUCUCUUGCAGAGCUGAUGGACCAGGAGACCUGCAUGGUCAAGCAGAUCCGUUCUUUGGAUAGUGACAUGCAGACACUGGUCUACGAAAACUACAACAAAUUCAUAUCGGCUACAGACACCAUAAGGAAGAUGAAGAAUGAUUUCAAAAAGAUGGAGGAUGAAAUGGACUGUCUCUCCGCUAACAUGGCGGCAAUCACUGAUUUUAGUGCUCGCAUCAGCGGUACCCUUGAAGACCAGCAUGCGCAGAUUACCAAACUCUCAGGGGUUCACGCUUUGUUAAGGAAGUUGCAGUUUCUGUUUGAACUGCCUGCCAGAUUAAACAAGUGCUUAGAGCUGCAGGCCUACGCUCAAGCAGUGAGUUCCCACCGGCGCGCUCGCUGUGUGCUGCAGCAAUACAGCCACCUUCCUUCCUUCAAGGGCAUCCAGGACGACUGCCAUGCCAUCAUGGAAAAGCUGGCGCAGGAGCUUCGGCAGAAGUUCAGGGACGGCGGCUCGAGUGCCAAAGACCUCUCGGAGUGCGUGGAGCUGCUGUUGCAGUUGGAGGAGCCCGCGGAGGAGCUGUGCGAAAAGUUCCUGAGCCACGCGGGCUCUCGCCUAACGUUGGACCUGCGGAGCCUGGAGGCCGAGAUAAGACCGAGCCCGUCCGCGUCAGCCGUGAAGGACGCUCCCGGGCGAAGGCCUUCACCUCGCGCCGCCGCUGGCUCGCCACCUGCCGGCACCCUACCGUCGCCCGCUUCCAACUCCGACAUCCUGGAGUUCAUCGACAGAGGCUGUAACGAGUUUGUCAGCUGCUUGUGUUUAGUAAUUACGUCUUAUCAAGAGCUGUUCGUCAACCGCGCUCAGACAGGCGAGCCGGCGUCCAAAAAGAUUCCUCAGAUGGCCAAUAGCAAGCUGCACGCCUUCGUGGAUGAUCUGGCCGCUCGAUAUUUCUCACUUGUGGAGCGAAGGAUCCAAGAGGAAAAGGGGGUCGCCGACAACUCCCUCUUGGUCCGCGCCCUGGACCGCUUCCACCGCCGACUCCAGGCUGUGGCCAAGCUGCUGCCGGGCUCCUCUGUGCCCAACCGAGGCACUGAGAUCGUGAUGCGCGCCGCGACCGAGCGAGUCAAGCAGUAUCUCGCCGCUCUCCAGAGCUUCUACGUGGACAGCUUGACGGACGUGAGGCGGGCCCUGGCGACGCCUCGCCUCUCGCUGGCUGCUCCGGGGGGCGGGUCUCAUUUGGGCGGUCCGGCAUCUGGCAGAGAUGCUCCGACCGGCCUCCCGGAGCUGCUGUCCUCCCUGUCGGCUUCUAUUCUAAAUCAGAUCAAGUCAGUGUUGGCAUCUGUGCAUCUGUUCACAGCCAAGGACAUCACUUUCUCCAAUAAGCCCUACUUUAAGGGAGAAUUCUGCUGCCAGGGCGUCCGCGAGAGCCUGGUUGUGAGUUUCAUAAAGUUUGUGUGUCAGUCCUCUCGGCAGUUUUGCGAGAGUGCGGGAGACAAGGGAGGGUCCACCCCGCCGGCCCUCCUCUUGCUCCUUUCUCGACUCUGCCUGGAUUAUGAAACCUCCGCAAUCUCUUACAUCCUCACGCUUACCGACGAACAGUUCCUAGCACAGCACCACAGUCCAGUGACGGCCGUCACUGCUCUAUGUGCAGAAGCCAGGGAGGCAGCACAGAAACUACUCAACCAUUAUGUCAAGGUUCAAGGCCUAAUUAUUUCCCAGAUGCUUCGAAAGAGCGUCGAAACACGAGACUGGGUCAACACUAUCGAGCCACGGAAUGUCCGUGCGGUGAUGAAGAGAGUUGUGGAGGACACCACCUCGAUUGACGUGCAGGUGGGUCUUCUGUACGAGGAAGGUGUGAGGAAAGCGCACAGCAGUGAUUCAAGCAAAAGGACCUUCUCGGUCUACAGCAGCUCAAGGCAGCAAACUCGCUACGCUGCAAGCUACACGCCAAGUGCUCCAAUGGACACUAAUCUGCUGAGCAACAUACACAAGCUGUUUUCUGAGCGGAUUGACAUCUUCAGCUCAGUGGAGUUCAACAAGGUUUCUGUGAUGACGGGAAUCAUCAAAAUCAGCUUAAAGACAUUCCUGGAGUGCGUCCGGCUGCGCACGUUUGGCCGCUACGGGCUGCAGCAAAUCCAGGUUGACUGUCACUACUUGCAGAUGUACUUGUGGCGCUUCGUGUCUGACGAGAAUCUGGUACACUUCCUGCUGGACGAGAUCGUGGGAAGCUCCGCCCACCGGUGCCUGGAUCCUGCCCCGAUGGAGCAAAGCGUCAUUGAAGUGAUCUGUGAACGAGGUUAAAGCUCCAAGUGCAGCACUAAGUAGCCAACCAGAGCGCGUGCAAAAACCGCUGGGUGUAUUUCAGACACUGGAGUCUUCUUUCAUUAGGUGUACUGCUAAAUGUUAGUUAUAGCAUGAAGGCAUUCAUAAAACGUUCGUGACAUAUUGGUGUAUCAAUACAGUAAAACUGACGUUGUUGACCAAUCCAACCAACUCCCAGGCACUAAUAAAACAGUUACUAAGCAGACUACUUAGUCACAUACUUCAUCUUAGGCUUUUGUAAGAUGCGAUGGUACUCAAAAUACUUACUGUAUGUAAUGCAGUUAAUGAGGAGCAGAGCAUUAUGUCAUGUUUGCAUUUAUUAGUAGGAAUAAAAGCUUGACUUCAUCAA